AUGAGCGCUGCUGGGUCUGUCGGGGGAUCGGCUGCGUCGUCGCCUCCGCCUUCCGGGUCGUCCUCCCCUCAGCGGGGUGCGUCAGGCUCUGACUCCGAGGAAGGCGCUCUGGUGGGCGCGCCUGCAGCGGCGGCGUCGCCAGUCUCGGAGGCCCCGUCGGCGGCUGCGGACAACUCCUCGGAGGCUGCCGGUGCCUCCUGCGAGGAUGCGGAUUUCGAUGACCUCGCCAACGCCAUCGUCGCGGCCUCUGCGGAGGCGGCGGCCAGCGGGUUAGAGCUGGCCGAUCAGGUGGCCGAGGCGGCCAGCCCCCGGGCUUCACAGGGCGCUGCCGUGUUGGAACAUCAGGGGUCUGGGUACCUCGACGCUCCGUCGGGAGCUGGUCGGAAGAGCACCGGGAGCGGCUGCUCGCGGAGUUGCUGCGUGACCGCCGCCGCUCCUUGUCCCCCGUGGGGUCUGAUGCCGGUUAGUCCGGUGAGGCUUCGCCCGCUUCCGACGUGGCUGCGGCUCAAGCCGGUCUUCGGGCGGCGCAGGAGCGCCUCCGACAGGCACAGCGCCAGGCUGAGCCUUCCACUCCGGUUGGGUCGUCGGUUGACCGCGUGCCCGCGGCUGGCGUGGUCGGUGCCUCCGAGGCUCGUCGGGCCGCGUCGCCUUCGCCGGUCAGCGGAAAAACAGUACGUCGGCCGCCGACGAUUGAGGGCUUCGCCGCCCAGCAAGCGGUGGAAGCCGCGAAAGCGGCACGGAAGGCGGCUGCCGCGGAUUUAG